UCCAGGAUCUCUCUCUGCACGAUCAGGUUCAGUUGUUGGAGAGCUCUUGGCUGGAGGUGUUGAUGAUCGGCCUCAUAUGGAGGUCUAUUCAUUCACCUGGAAAACUCAUCUUCGCUCAGGAUCUCAUCCUGGAUAGGAGUGAAGGGGAAUGUGUCGAGGGGAUGACUGAGAUUUUCGACAUGCUCUUGGCGACCGUGGCUCGCUUCCGGAGUCUCAAACUCAAGCUGGAGGAAUUCGUUUGUCUCAAAGCCAUCAUACUUCUCAAUUCUGGUGCAUUUUCAUUCUGCUCCAGUUCAGUGGAGCCCCUGAUGGACAGCUUCAUGGUGCAGUGCAUGCUGGACAACAUCACUGAUGCCCUCAUUUACUGCAUCAGUAAAUCAGGUGCCACCCCGCAGCUGCAGUCUCGCCGGCAGGCCCAGCUCCUGCUGCUGCUCUCACACAUCAGACACAAAAGCAACAAAGGAAUGGAGCACUUAUACCGAAUGAAAUGUAAGAAUCGAGUCCCACUGUAUGACCUUUUGUUAGAGAUGCUGGAUGCCCAGCAAUUCCAUUCUUCAAGAAAAGUGCAGCGACCGUGGUCACAGAGUGAGAAAGACUCUUGGUCUACACCCACAGCCGGCAGCAGCAGCCCCUCCAGAGGUCCUGGAGCCAUGCAGCCCAACACGGCCAGAGUCCAGACCCCUGAUCUGUGUCCAGUCCAACAACUGAAGAAUGUGAAGACUGUGAACCAGUCAGUGCUGGCUAAUAGAUUUGAAGGUGGAACUGAAGUCUCUCUUUGUGCCUUAUCAGAGAAUACUUUAGAUUCUAGAAGACCCAUCUAGAAAUGAACACAUUUUAAAAUGUAAAGAGGUUGAGUCUUCAAAUAAAACAGUAUACAUCUAUGCUCACUUGAUUCAUUAGUUUUGAAAGACAUUUUUGAAAAAGGGCUCUUAGGGCUGCUAGUUCUUCUUCUUUUUAAACACCCAAUGGAGUGACAACUUUGACAUCACAAACUUACUUAAGCUAAAACAAACAAACAAAAGACAAUCAAGAGCAGGUGGCUUGUGAAGAACAUCAUAAACUAGCAGGUAAAUGGUUUCAUUGCUUAAACUUUAGUUACCAAGGAUUAUUCAGAUAUUGUUUUAAAAACAGGUGAUGUUACAUUGACAUUCCACUGCCAGUCAGAGGUAAGUGGAAUGUUACCUUAACUGUAGAAUGAAGAACUUCAUAUUGUAGCAGAGGUGUUGCAUCUGUUUUUUAUGUUAUUAUUACUAUAUGCAUAAUGGCAAUAGUAAUAGUUAGGUUUAAUUACAAGCAGCGCUUAAUAUGAAGUAACGUACACUAUAUUAUAAAGUGACUGAAAACAGGAGAAAUGUUACCUUUGGAAUAAAGAAAAAGAAAAUGCCACAAUAUAUUCUCGCAAUCAUAUAUAUACAGUGCCCUCCAU